AUGGCUCUUUCAUUGGCUUCUAGCUUAAUCCGUUGUGGUAAAUUUGAUGCUGCUAAUGUUGCUUGUAGCUAUGUUUCCUGGUGUCAGUCUAAACCACCGGAUAUCGGAAAUGCUACUCGAAAUGCACUAACUAUUGGUAAACAAUUGUCACCUAAUUGGCAUCACGAAUUGAAUGAUAUCGAGAAAGAAGAAAUACAUCAAGAAGUAUUAAAUAAUGUGAGGAAUUAUAAUGUUGGCAGUUUAAGUAAUGGAUGUCUCAUGCGAAUAUCAUCUUUAGCUAUUUAUUCCAUUAAUGUUUUAUCCAUGCAGCGGUGA